AACACUCCGGAUCAGCAAACGGCGCGCGCUAGACACACACACACACGGCGUAUUUGUCGCUGCUGGAAAGGACCUUCUUCUUUCUCGGUCAGCUCUCCGUGGAAGCGCUUCCUUGAGGCACGCCGAAAUCGUGCAAUCAGGAGAGAGCAUCCGUUGUGUACGUGUGUGAGCGUGUGAAUUUGUGUGUCGAGUACUGGGAGUGCAACAUUCCAGAAGAAGAUUUGUUCGAGAAGCCCGAACCGAACCGAACGCCCCGACCGAGUAACCGUCUAUCUACUGAUAGGCCGCCCCUUGGAGGGAAGCAUCAAAAGUGACGCAACUGCGGGCGCGUAAAGAGCACCAAAGAUCGCCAUCGGAACGGUGUGCCGUGUGUGCGCAGCAGGGCCAGGGAAUCGACCUAGGGAGCGUUGCUCUAGGCGGAGAAGACUUACCGUCGUUAGCGGUAGUAGUACUGGUAGUAGUUGUUUGCAGCCUGCCAGCUAUCUAGACUCUAACGCUGUAAAUACCGCUAAGAUUACGUAAGCGUGUCCCCCUGUGUCCCCAACAUAACGGACAGGCGUUCUCCUGCGGCCUAACCGCUGGACCGGGUUCAGUGCCGGCUAUCGAUCGAUACGGACCGUCUCCUGGCGUGUCGUCUGGUGUUAGUGGCCUGCGUGUGUGUCGCGUUUGCUCCGUAAUUGGUUUAAUUGAAUUGGUUUGCAUAAACACUUUCUACCGCGAGUCCCGAUUGGCCGUAACUCGCGGAGCGUCGCACUGAAGACACCAACGACGGAGGAACGACACGUUAUCCGAACGUGUCUCGAGUGGUGCGCCAAUAGUUCGCGGUACGCCGUUUGCUGGUCACUUUAACGCGCGCGCAACGAUGGAGCUGUGGUUGAUUUGCUUGGGACUGGUGUUGCGGUUGCUGAACGUUCUGCUCAAACCGUUCAUCGCGUUGUUCGGAGGCUCGAAACGCACGGCACCAUUUCCGGAGAUACGCAACGACAUGCUCCGGAUACCGGCCGUCGAUCUGGCCGAACGCAUACGGAACAAAGAGCUACGAUCGGAAGAUGUCGUGCGAGCAUACAUCGAGCGGAUUCGUGAGGUCAACCCCUUGAUCAAUGCCGUUGUGGAGGAACGCUUCGAGGCGGCGAUCGAGGAAGCGCGAAAGGCGGACGCACUGAUCGCCGAAACGCAGCCACUGUGGCUGAUCAAGAACUAUCCGCUGCUGGGCGUGCCGUGUACGGUGAAGGAAUCGUGCUCACUACGUGGUGCUCCGCUGACCGGUGGAUCACUGGCCCGGAAGGGAUUGCGGGCUGCGACCGAUGGUGAAGCGGUAGCGCAUAUCCGAGCGGCCGGUUGCAUUCCGCUGCUCGUCUCCAACACACCGGAGUACUGUCUGAACUGGGAAUCGUACAAUCACAUCACCGGCCGUACCCUGAAUCCUUACGACAAUCGACGUACGGCUGGUGGUUCGUCCGGUGGUGAAGGUGCGCUGAUCGGAUCCGGUGCGUCCCUGUUCGGUGUCGGUAGCGAUGUGGCGGGUUCGAUCCGUGUACCGGCCCACUGUAAUGGCAUCUUCGGACACAAACCAACGGCUGGAGCGAUCUCUAUUCGGGGUCACUUCCCGAUGUCGACGGACGAAAAGUUUGCUCAGCUGUUGACGGUCGGACCGAUGUCGCGGUACGCCAAGGAUUUACCGACCUUGCUGCACAUUAUGGCCGGUCCGAGUGCAGCUAAGCUGCGGCUCGAUGAAACCGUCUACACGAAGGACAUUCGUGUGCUGUACGCCGAAGAUAUGGGCUUCAAUCCGGGCCACAUACCGGUGGAUGAUGAUAUCAAGAUGGCACUGUACCGUGCGGUGCAGCAUUUUAAGGCCAAUGGGCUAGCGACGGAGCGGUUCGAGUUCGACAACAUGCACGAGGCGAUGGAGCUGGCGUUCAGUGUGCUCUCGUCGCUCACUGACGUUCCGAGCAUCUUCCACAAUCCGGACAAUCCAAAGGCACCGCACAGUGUGGGGUGGGAGCUGGUACGUAGCGUACUCGGUCGAUCUCAGUACACUCUCGCCGGUAUCAUGUUCUACGCGAUAUUGGGUUUGAAGAACUUCUUUGCCGCGGAUCGGCUCGUCGAGUACCGCCAGAAGGCCGACCGUAUGCGCCAGCAGAUGAUCGACACACUGGGUACGGAUGGUGUCUUCCUGUUUCCAACGUUCCCAACUUCCGCCUUACGACACUAUGAGUCGAUCGGACACAUUAUGACCGUCGGGUAUACGAUGCUGUUUAACGCGCUAGGAUUGCCGGCCACUCACGUACCACUUGGAUUUGAUCGUCAAGGGCUCCCGAUCGGAAUACAGGUCAUUGCGGCACCAUACCAGGAUCGACUGGGUCUCUGCAUAGCUCGUGAGCUCGAGGUUGCUUUCGGUGGAUGGCAGCCACCGAAAUGAGCUCCGAAGGUUCUCCGGCAGCGUUCAUAGACUUCAACAACACAAUCAACAACAGUCACCAUAAUGGAUGAUUGCUCGAGUAGAACGAUCAUCGCGUGCAAUCCAAGCGCUUCGAGUUAUCGGGAAAAAGGGGAAAGGGGAAACUAAGUGCAAGUGUAAUUGUACAGAUUAGCGUACGAGGUUGAAUAAAUGCACGCACAGUGUGCAUA